GUUACAGCGUUCGAUGAUCACGUGGUCUUGUUUAUGUCCGGUCUAUCUCUUAUCUGAAUAUACUGUAGUUAGAACAUUUUCAUCUGGAUUUCUGGUUACUGAAUUUCCAGCAGAAGUGGAUGGUUCCUGUUGAGAAUCUUCAUCGUCAUUGAUUAGUGUCUCACGGGUUCGCUUUUUCCUAUUUUGUUCUAGUGAUGAAAGAUCCACAGUUGGAUGAUUAGAAGUUAAAUGUUUUUUCAGAUUUGAAUUUUUGCUCCUAAAUGAUAAUUCUUUCUUACAUAUAUUACAAGCCGCAUAGUAAUUUCCUUGCAGUCCUUUGACUUCUGUAAAAAAGUUCCAUAAAUUACUUCUUUUCUGGCAACUGGACAUGUUCGCGCUGCUAGAAUGAAAUAAUUAAAAUAAAUAAAUAAUUUAAUAAAUGAAUUUACAAUAUACCUUUUUGUUUUUGAAUAUUACAACACAGAACACACCAAAUAAUAGCACAAUACGCGCCAAUAUUUUUUAUUAGACGAAGCUGUUUGCCGGUAAUGUUACCUCUGUCGGCUCUGUCUCUUUGAGGUUACGUUCCUGCCAGUGUUGCCAGUAGGGCUGGUCGAAAAGUAACAUAAUAUUGAGUGCAAAUAACAGAUUUUGAGAAAGAUAUGAAAAGUCAGUGGCGGGCAUACAAUAUAAGCAAAAAGGCGUAGCCUACCCUAAGAAAAAUAUCAUACUCUUGUACAUAAUAGGUAUUAUGAAUAAUUCUAAAAUCAUAAUAAUAAUCUAAUUAACUUAUUUCUCUUUUAUCGGGUACAUGAAAACAAUAACAAUCAAUUACGGCCAUUAAAAACAGUAGAUAUACGUGGCAUCGAUAUUGUCUGUGCAUCGAUAUGAUCCGUAGAUAUAAUAUGAUCCAUGUCUCAUGUAGGCGCCCUGUAAGAUCGCGACGAGGGCAGAUUCAUAAAUUCACUAUUAGCUCAAAUGCGGAAAUAAAGGCUGCAUGCACAUUUAUUUCUACUACGCAUACGGUACGGGGAUCUGGUCAUGAUUAUGACAGAGAUAGAACGAGCUGUGUCAUGUCGUUGAUGCCGACGUACGAGGACGACGAUGAAGCAGUUCGUGCUGAAGUCAACGUUGCCAGGUCAGGCAGACUCGGAAAUAAUAUAGUAAUAAUUAAUUAUAGGAAAUAGGAAUAUUAUUUAAUAAUUAUCCAAUAAAAACACUGUCCAAACAAAGUAAUCUGUAGUUUUAAGAUUUCUUUGAAGAGAAACAAAAAGACGGUAAAAAAUAGUUUAAUUUUUCAUUUUUGAUUUUGCCUAGCCUAUCUUAAUGGCACUGCACGCCACUGACAAAAGUUCUUUGAAUUUUGCAAGAAGAUAGUCUUCUUGGAAUUUUGAAAUAAAUGAAAUAAUUAUUCCGUAUUUUAUUUGGUUUGUCCUCACUUAUUCUCCAAUUCACUUUUAUAUUGCAAUAAAUAGGUAUGUAGUCACAAAAAGUAACAUCUACUAUUCCAUGUCUAAGAUUUAUACAUACUAUACAUUGGCUGUUCCAUUUUAAUUAGAAAAGUUGAUAUGUGUUCAGGGUCAGAGUAAACAAAACAGAAUCUAUAUUAUAAAAUAAAAUAAAUCGUAAAAACUUUAUGUGAAUACAAUAAAUUCUUCUAUUUAACAUUUUUUCUCCACCUCUCAAGACAACAUCAGCAUAUCAAAUUCAAAUGUAGAUAAGAUAUAUGAAUUACAUUUGUUUGUAUAAAUAUCUAAUUAAUGAUUAUUACUCAUACUACGCGACAACGCGGCAACUCGGCAUCGAACGAUGUUCGAGGUUAUUUUAGUUAUUCCAUUUCACGUAUGCCAAGUAGCCGAUAACCCAUAACCGCAGCUCCAGCACGGCAGCACAGUUGAUCAAGAACUGAAGAACUGGGACGGAACCGCGCGAAUGUACGGAGUACUUGGAGUAGCUAUUCAGACCGGUUACCGGUUACUUUGUUCUGUCGAUCUCCGAUAUUAUCGGUGAUUGGGAAAUAACCGGUAGAAAAUAACCGGUAUUAAAAUAUCGCUCAACACUACUCUAAAUGGUACCAUAGAUUCAUCUAUGGACACCACUUCUGCAGGGACUUUUAGCUGUUUGAAUUUCUGUGUCAAUGCAUCCGUGAGAGGUUUGAUUUUAUAAAGCCGAUCUUCCUUUGCUGUCUCAUUGUCAGCGAAGUGAAUAAAUCUCAGAAUGUCUUGAAAUCUAGUUCUUGACAUAAUAUGUCGGACAAAACAAUGCCGAUAUAGAACUUUACCUGACCAGUAAUCUGCUAUUUUUGGGAAUUUAGCUAGUCCCAUAUACAGCAUUAUUGCGAAAAACUUUUCUAUUUCUUGGGCUGAAACAUCAAUCCACUUAUGCUUGUAACUUUUAUCAUUUUUGUUAGUUUCCAACACAAUAAUUCCUAGAAUAGCUGGGUCUACAAUAAGUCUGAAAAUAUCCACAGGUCUCAAAUUGCCAGGAAUGUUUAUUUUGCAUGCAUUAUCAUCAAAAACAAAUUGCGUUGAAGAUGAUCCAUCUACUUCAUUCCAUGAAAUUGUGGUUGAUUGAGUCUGAUUCAGAACUAGGCUCGUAUUCAGAUUCAGAAGGGGGGAAAGGUUCCUCGUCACUGUCGGAAUUUCCUGACUUCAGAUUAUCAUUUUGACUGCCAUACCCUCCACUGCCCUCUCCAAGCUCGUGGUCUACGUUCUCUUCUAAAUAUGGAAAACAAUUUCUCUUCUUCUUUAGCAUCCAUAUUUCACAAAAACACUGAAUAGGCUUGCUUUCACUACUAAACAGCUCAAAACAACUGAACAAACGACCUUCCAACACGUGGAAACAUAUUAGAGACUACAUAUUUACCGUAUGCAUCACCCGUGAUCAAACCGAUAAAACAGGCUGCUAGUAAUUUGAGAAGCAUAUGUGAGCAGAACAGUGGCACCUCUUGAGCGGAGGGUGUAUUUAAACAUAGUGAGAUGCUUGGCGCAGAACAGAAUUCUACACACAUUUAUGAUGGUAUACAAACUAAUAUAUAUCGUGUAUCACCAGUGAUUCAUAUGGGAGCCAACGUGUUAAAAAGCAAGAUACGAAUAUGAGACUAGCUAUUAGUGUAGAAGAACGUUUGGCGAUAACAUUAAGAUUUUUGGCAUCAGGAGAUUCGUAUCGAUCGCUCUCAUACCUAUUUCGGGUACCACAACAAACUAUCUCCAAAAUAAUACCAGAAUGUUGGGAUGCUAUCUAUAGAUGUUUAAAACCGGAUUACAUGGAGGUACCUUCAUCUGAAGAUUGCUAG